AUGAUGACGCCUAAAUUGCAAGAGGAAAUAUCACCGGAAAUAUCAUUUCCCUGUCCUACAAAUAAUUCGAGGUCGAGAAAAAGGCCAAAAUCUGUUACCAAGGUCAGGCCCGGAGAUAUAGAUGUGAUAGCAGCCAUUGGAGAUAGUUUGGUAGCUGCAAAUGGUGCAGUUUCGACAAACGUUUUUCAAGUUUUCAUAGCGAACAGAGGAGUGUCAUGGGCGAUAGGAGGACAAGAAAACUGGAGAAAAUAUUUAACUUUGCCGAACAUUUUAAAAGAAUUUAAUCCUAAUUUGAUCGGAUACUCAACUGGAGACUCUUUAUAUUCGGCAAACAGAGAAAGGAGUCAGUUGAACGCUGCCGAACCGGGUGCAAGAAGUCGCGACCUCGUACAAAUGUCCGAAACAUUAAUAGAAAGAAUCAAAAAUCAUCCGGAAAUCGAUAACGAACAAGAUUGGAAGAUGGUGACCAUUUUCGUGGGAGCCAUGGAUUUUUGCUUUAGCAUUUGUCACAGAGACGAUCCGGAAAACAUCGUCGAAGAACAUCGUAAACAUCUCAUGGAAACAUUAAUCAAACUUCGGGAUAAUUUACCCAAAACGAUCGUCAACGUCGUGCAACAAAUCAAUUUGGGUAACGUUUUACCGAAAUUUUCCGGUCUUCCGUGGUUGUGCAACAAACUUUACAAACCAUACGAAUGUCCUUGUUUGUCGGAUAAAAAAUAUGAAAACAUGACGUCACAAUAUCGAAAAAUCAUGUCUCGGUGGCAAAAAAUCGAAUCUAAAGUGGUCAAGAGUUCAAAAUUUAAAAAAAAAAAUGAUUUUGCUGUCGUAGUUCAACCUUUUCUCGUGGAAACGAAAUUUCCAACGGUAAAAACAACAAACGGAUUAUUACAAACGGAUUUAAGAUAUUUGUCACACGAUUGUUUUCAUUUGAGUCAAUUGGGACACGCCAAAGCGGCAAACGCACUUUGGAAUAAUUUAAUGGAACCACCCGGAAGUAAAACGAAAAAUUGGGACACGGAAUUUUUAAAAUUAAAAUGUCCGACGGAAGAACAACCGUACAUUCCAGUCAGGUGA